CACAUGACCGAGAACUCAAACAGAGGGACUGAUUUUGCUCUUGGUCUAAAAAACGGCAGAUUUAUUUGUGUAUCUACCAGCUUGAGGUUACACCUCCUGGCUUUACAUAUAACCUCUCAUAGUACAUUUACAAGUAAUACUACUAAACUUUGAAAUAGCUGUAAUUUAAAAAAAACGUUGCAUUGAUCAUUCUGUAUCUAUUGUUUGCGGGACAGUUACUACUGCUGGACUCGCUGGACUGUCGGACUGCAGUAUCAACAUAUUGGAGUUUCAUUUUAGGGGAAACCAGUGCAUUUUCUGCCAAGUCCUCUCUGCCAGUGGUGCGGGACCUGAUCGAUCACUUUGACACUUCUAUUACCAUCUAUCACUUUUACCUCUGCCUCAAGUUGUUGUUCGUUUAGAGGAGUCGCUGUCACACACCAUGCCAGCGAACCAGGCCUUUGUCACCCUGGCCACCACAGACAGCUACUGCAUGGGGGCUCUGGUGGUAGGACAGUGUUUACGACGACACAGGACCACACGCCAGACUGUUGUGAUGGUCUCCACUAAUGUCUCUAGCCAGGCACGGGCUUCCCUGGGCCAUGUGUUUGACCAGGUCCUGGUAGUGGAUGUGCUGGACAGUGGAGACCAAGCACAUCUAUCCUGGCUGGGACGACCAGAACUGGGGGUCACUUUCACCAAGCUCCACUGUUGGACCCUCACCCAAUACAGCAAAUGUGUGUUCCUGGAUGCAGACACACUCGUGCUGUGUAACGUGGACGAGCUGUUUGAGCGUGAGGAGCUGUCUGCGGCCCCUGACCCUGGCUGGCCGGACUGUUUUAACUCAGGGGUGUUUGUGUUCCGGCCCUCUCUGAUCACACAUGGCAGGCUGUUGGAGCAUGCACGACAACACGGCAGCUUUGACGGUGGGGACCAGGGCCUCUUGAACACAUUUUUCAGUGACUGGGCUGUUAGAGAUAUCAGUAAACACCUGCCUUUUGUGUACAACCUCAGUGCCAUCGCAGUCUACACCUAUUUGCCUGCUUAUCAAGAAUAUGGUCACAAUGCUAAGAUUGUCCACUUCCUGGGUUCGGUCAAGCCAUGGAAUCUACGAUCUAACUCACAGACCAAUCAGCACACCAACAGCCACCUGGAAGAGUUUGUUUACCAGUGGUGGAUGGAGUACUCCUACUUACAUCACCUUAUAAAGACAAUGUCCCAUCAAGAACCUGCUGUGCCAAGCCAACAUGCUGGGCCAAAGCAACAUACUGCUGCCAAGACAGAGGAGGAUGAUCUGGAGCAGCGGAGGCUGUGGGAGGAGGGCCAGGCGGACUACCUGGGCAAAGACGCCUUCGACAACAUCCAGAAAAAACUGGACCGAUUCUUAUAUUUGUAGCUUGUUUCUUGUGGCAAGAUACUGUAGCAAUAGUACUGUAUACUCAUGUUCAUGUUGAAGUGUGUUAUGUUUCUAGCGUAGACCACCACUCUCAUAGGGGUUUCUGUGUCCCUUUGCUGUAAAAAAACAUAUAUAUAAACUUGAUUCCAAUUUCAUUUAAAAAAUGUGCUCAUAGAAUUCAUGUUGAGAUGCAUUCCUUAUUUUGAUGUUAUGCUGGAUAUAUCUGGAAGAUUUUAAAUUGUCUCUAUGUUGCCACUAGAGGGCACUGUGGCUUUUUAAAUAAAGCACUUUUCCUGGUCAAAGAUAAAGUCACACUCAACUCCAACAGCCCUAUAGGGGUCAUGAUAGUCUUGCGUAGACUACGGCAACUAGGGAAAGAAGAAGUAAUAUUGGCCUCAGGGAUCCUAUUCAUACAUGUUGUUGGAGCAAUAUUCAUCUAUAGGCUUGUACACCACGAUUGUCCUAGGAGAGAAUGGUAGCCCUUACUGUGAGGGUCUGGGAAGGGCUGUGUAGACCUACCAAGACUAAGGAGAUAUAAGGUCAGCACAGAACUGUUAACGCUAUCCUGAAAGACUAAACACAACCUCAAACUGAGAAGAAUAAUAACAUAUUCCAAAACGUAUAUAGGCUACUUACAGUAACAAGCCCACCUUCCCGCUCACUAUCUCUAGUCCAGUCUGUUCCAGUCCUUCAUCUUCCCAUUUGGAGAACAGCAGCAGCCUUCUGUAAUUUAAGGCUGCACUUAAAUGGACUAAUCAGCCACACCUUUAAAUCAGGCAAGUGGAGUCAUCUGGCUGUAUUCUCUACCAGUUAUUCAAUAGCAUUGACAUCACAAUAACCCUCCUAAAGGAGUUCACUACUGCCUGAGUCUAUUUGCUUUGACAAUCGCUUUCAUUUGACACCCAGAUGUCUUCUCUGAAUUCCAUAGCUUCGCUGUCAGGUACUUUAACUGUGCUAUCCACCUAGCCAGGUUGAAGAUCUAGCAAACUGCAUUGCGCUGUUAAAAACAGGAGCUUCAGGCAAUAGUUUAGGAGGGUGGAGGCGUGAGGAGAGAAAAAGACAGUAUAUUUCAGUUAGUUUCCUUUUGUUUACUCCCCCUUAAAUGUGUUUCAGUGCUAGACACUGCGUCCCGAAUGGGACCCUAUUCCCUAUAUAGUGCACUACUUCUACUGGUUCUGGUCAAAAGUAGUGCACUAUAUAUG